AAACGAACUAAAAAUUGUUGUGUUUCUGUGCGUAAAGUAAAUUUUUGUUCUUGUGAGAAACCUUUUCGAAACGAUGCCCAAACAGCAAUAUGCAAACGACAAAACCAAGCAGCGGCUUCGGGCCAAGGCAGCAGGUUUGGCUGGCAGCAAAAGCAUAAAGUCCAAGUACAAACUGAAGCGCAAGUCUAGGUCUAAGGGGACAGUGACGCGCUCACGAUCUUCCAAAGGCGGCCGUUCCCUGGGCAAACCCUUGACGAAGCUUCGUUCCAGCACCAAAGCAAAAAAGCGGCUGCAGAAGCAAAGGCCAGCAUCCUCGAUGCCUACGAAGGGGAUGAAGAAAAAGAGAAAGAAUGCAGCGGCGGCAGCCAAGAACAAGAUGCUGUCCGUGAAGCCAAAGGAAACCAGCAAGAAGAAGCCAACACGUGGCACUCCUGUGCUUUUUCUGGUCAAGGAUCCUGGCUACCGUCGACAGUCGAUGCCUUGUACCACCCAAAGCAAGGGACACAAGACGCCGCUCCAGCCGACGUCUCAGCUGCCUCGAUACGUGGCCACCGGCUCGAUGCCAACCGACUCGCGGCUGGCCAGGUUGGGUGUCGACUUCUUCCACCAUUUGGGGCAGCGCAAUGCCACGGACCCUGAGGAGAACUCCUGGAAGCCACCGAUGCGUCUCGCUGCCGGUGGAUGGAGCGCCGGUGUCGCCAUGAAUGUAGAUGCGCCCAACACAGAGGUGCCGCUGACCCAUCGACUGCCCAUCAUUGACUUCAUCUCCACAAACGAGUUCAAAAGAAUGUGCGCCAAGUCCCGAACGACGGGAACUACUUCUCUCUGUUCCGCUCAACAGAGGAUGUAGACGAUGGACGGAGAGAUGCAGAUAGACAGAGAGAGAGAGAGA